ACAACGAGUGAUGAACUUAAAUUUUUUGAAACACCAAUAAGAAAUCAGAAAUAAUAUAUUUUCUUUACCAUCGUCGCGAUGAAUAAUUCGUGGUUCGAGAAAGUAAUGUUGAACUUUUACACCUACAGUAAAGAUAUUUUCGGUGAAAAGAGCACGUACCAUGGAUUCGAGAUGAAAGAAGCGAUUCAAAAUUCUACAGAUGGUCUUCAAUCCGAUCAGCUCCAGGGGAAAAUUUUGUACACAGAUGAAGACGGUAACUCGCACAAACCAGUUUCAAUUUUUGUUAAAUUAGCAUCAGAUAACGCAUUCGCAUCUAGUAACAGUAUUCUCUAUUCAUUUUCCAACGAAAUUAAUUUUUACACGAAAAUAGCUCCUAUGAUGGGCACUCUUGACGAAUCGUUUUUUUCACUUUUUCCAAAAUUUUUCCAUGGUGAAACGAUGUUCAAUAAGAACAGAAAUGAAUCAGCGAUUUUUUUUGAAGAUUUAAGAAUACGUGAUUACAAAAUGACUGAAAAAAAGUCAUUCCUCGAUUAUCAACAUUUAGCAUUGAUGAUGCGUAAAUUGGGUACAUUUCACGCUUAUUCUUAUAAGGCUAAAAAUGCAACGCCCGAUUUGUUCUAUCCUACUAUGUCUAAUAUUUUUCAAGAAUGUAAUCCGAUUGCCAACAGAGAAUGUAAUCAUUUACUGGCGAUAAUAGCACGACGUGGCUUCGAUCUAUUGCAACAAGAGCAUAAAUAUUUGCAGUAUGCAGCCCGUAUGGAGACUUUGAUAGAAAAUUCUAAUGAUAUUUAUAAACAAAGUUUAAAUGGCGAUCGAGAAAAUCCUACAUCGGUAAUUACUCAUGGCGAUUAUCUAAGAAAUAAUUUGAUGUUUCGAUACAAAAAUAAUAUUCCAGAUGAUCUAAUUAUGAUCGAUAUGGCUACGUAUCGUUAUGCAUCACCAGUCAUCGAUCUGCUUCAUGUUCUGUACAUGAAUGCGGAUCAGGCAACCAGGGACAAAUAUUGGGAUAAAUUAAUCGAUGAAUAUUACACAGCGUUAAAAGAAACGUUCCCAGAUAAUGAAGUUCCAUCUAAAAGUACAAUAAUGUCAGAUUUUAUUGGUAGGUCGUUUUAUGUGUAUUUGGUGGCGAGUUAUUUUUUACCUAGAUUGAUGGAGUAUGAUUAUGAUAUUCCAUUGCCUCAAGAUACGGAUCUGGAUCCAGAUAUUGCUCGUAAAUAUCGUGAACGUAAAUUCACUGAAAUACCUAUUGAAAUGUGGGCCAAGUUAUUGUUGUUGAUCGGAGGUGAAAAAAGUACACAAGCAUUGCGAGAUAUACUUCAAGAUAUGAUCGAUAGGAAAUUCAUUUGCGCAUAGAUUUUCAACCCCCUUGUCUUCUUUUUAAUACAUUUGAAUCAUUAGGUAGUUGAAUAAAUUCUUUUCUAAUUGUGA